AUGGAGAAAAAGCCAAAGAUUCUUGAUGAAGAGGGGAGCAGGAAUCUCAAAGUGCAGGAUCUUAUCUCUGCAAAUCGAGAGCAUUGGCUGGAUUCAAAGCAGCAGAAAGAGAAGAAGGCGCAGAGCGUGGAGACCAGUACGACGGCCUCGAAAAGCCAAGACGAUCUUGAAGAACGGUGCUUGAGCAAGAUGGAGGCGGAUGCGGCGGCGGAAGGGGGAUUGGAGGAGGUGGCUGACUUGUGUGAAGGGGGAUUGGAGGAGUCGACUGAUUCAGUCGAAACGACGGGUUCGAUUGAUGCUAUUCGUCUUGGAAGGGGGAUCGGAGGAAUCGACUGA